AUGGCCGUCCACGUUUUCGGAGCGGUAUCUUCUCCAUCGUGUGUCAACUACGCUUUACGCAAGGCAGCAGAGAAUGCUAAAGGGUGGUACCAAAAGGCAGUUUGCGAUACCAUACGUAGAAACUUUUACGUCGAUGAUUAUCUGGUGUCUGUAGCAACAAAUUCUGAAGCAAUACUCCAUGCGAAGGACACAAGGAAUCUUUGUAAAGAAAAUGGCUUUAGAUUGACCAAGUGGAUGAGUAAUGAACGAGAGGUGAACGAGUCUAUUCCCAUCUGUGAAAGAGCCAAAAAUGUAAAGGAUGUUGACUUGACGAUAUUACCUACCGAAAGGACGUUGGGUGUUCUUUGGUCGGCUGAAUCAGAUGAGUUCAGAUACAAGAUUAAUUUGUCAUCUAAGCCAACUACUAGAAGAGGGGUGUUAUCUACGUUAGGCUCGAUAUAUGAUCCCCUAGGUUAUGUCUCACCUGCAAUUCUCCCAGCAAAACAAAUACUUCAGGAACUUUGUCGUAAGAAACUGGGUUGGGAUGCACAGAUACCUGAGGAAGAAUCGAAGAGGUUGUCGAAAUGGAUGUCGGAAGUCAGUGAUCUGGAAAUAUUCAGGAUAAGCAGGUGUUUGAAACCGCAUGGAUUUGGAAGUCAAAUCUUCGCACAGAUGCACCAUUUCUCGGACGCGAGUGAGCUCGGUUAUGGAACGGCAUCGUAA